AUGAUAAUUCCAGUUAUAUUUCAUAAUCUUCAAGGAUAUGAUGCACAUUUAUUUAUUAAACAGUUAUCCAAAAUAAAGGGUGAUUUUACAUGUAUUCCUUUAACUGAAGAAAAAUAUAUUUCUUUUUCGAAAAAGGUGAAGGUUGACGAGUACCAAAACAAAGAUGGAAAGACCAUAUCAUUAAAUUUUGAAUUAAGAUUUAUAGACUCAUUUAAGUUUCUUCAAACCAGUCUUGCCAAUCUUGUAAAAAAUUUACAACCAGAUGAUUUUGUUAAUACUAAAGAAAUAUUCAGGGAUAAAAUAGACCUUCUAACUCGUAAAGGUGUUUAUCCUUAUGACUAUGUUUCUACUAUAAAAAAAUUUGAUGAAACACAACUACCCCCUCAAAAAGAAUUUUAUUCAAAACUAAAUGAUGAAGAUAUUACUGAUGAUGAGUAUCAACAUGCAUUAAAUGUAUGGAAAACUUUUGGGUGUAUGAAUAUACGAGAUUAUCAUGAUCUUUAUCUUAAGUCAGAUGUCCUGCUAUUAGCAGAUGUAUUUGAAAACUUUCGAUCUACAUGUCUUCGCUAUUACAAUCUAGACCCAGCACAUUACUUCACAUCUCCCGGAUUAGCAUGGGAUGCAUGUCUCAAAGAAACAGGACAACAAUUACAAUUACUACAUGAUUAUGAUAUGUUGAUGAUGUUCGAGAGAGGUAUAAGAGGUGGAAUAUCGCACAUAUCAAAGCGAUAUGCAGAAGCAAAUAAUAAAUAUAUGGAUGAUUAUGAUCCUGAUAAAACAUCUUCAUAUAUUCAAUAUCUCGACGCAAAUAAUCUUUAUGGAUUGGCAAUGUCUUAACCACUUCCCACAAGUGGGUUCAAAUGGAUGAAAGAUUUAACAGUAAAAGGAGUAAUUGAUAUAUUGGAUAAAAAUAGAAAUCCACUAGUAAAAAAAGGUUAUAUAUUUGAAGUAGAAUACCCAACUGAGUUAUGGAAAAAACAUAAUGAUUACCCGCUUGCACCUGAAAGAUUAAAUAUAGAUGGUGUAGAAAAACUAAUUUGUCAUUUUAAACCAAGAAAAAACUAUGUAGUACAUAUUGUAAAUCUUCGGCAAUAUCUCGAAAUGGGAAUGAUACUUACUGCAGUUCACAGAGGAAUAUCAUUUAACCAGAGCCCAUGGAUGGAGCCUUACAUAAGAAAAAAUACAGAAUUAAGAAAGUGUGCUGCAAACAGUUUUGAGAAAGACUUUUUUAAACUAAUGAAUAAUUCUGUAUUUGAAAAACAAUAG